GUACGGAUCGGAUAGUUACCUAUUCUAUUGUAGGUAAUCCAGCGCCCGGCAUAGCCACAACCGGGCGAAAUAUAGUAAAAAAGCACUCUGUAUAGUAUGGUAUGUGGUAACUAUACUCUGCUUCAUGUUCUUUCAAGUUAGGCGAGAGGGCUCAUGUGGUAUAUAAGUUGGAUCCAUCCUACCGAGUUGGUCUCAUUCUUUCUAUUCAUUCAGUCUCUAUCAACCAAACUUAUAUAUAAUUCAUUCUAUCGCUGUUGGUUGACACUGAACCCUGAUAAAUAUUGUAUCGUUUCUCCAUCUAUUCGCCUUGACUUUUGUGUCUACUUUACAUCUAUAUCUAUCCAUCCAUCCACCCAUCCACCCAUCCGUCCACCUAUCGGUAUAGAUAGAUAGAUAUAUAGCAGUACCCUUCCAUUCCACCUCAGAAUGUGUUUCAACGACUCGCGAAACCGUCAAUACGCCGUUCCGUCCCGCCCAGUGGACAUCCGAUACAACACCCAAUCCAACUCUAAUAUCGGAUACGGUCGAAAAGUAAAGAAAGGCAGAAGACGCGGGAACAACUACGCCGACAGCGGGGCAUACUAUACAGCCGGAUAUGGUGGUGGAGGAGGAGAUAGCGGCGGCGGUGGUGGUGGUCACGGCGGUGGACAUGGAGGAGCCAGUGGAUGCGGAGGCGGCGGCGGCGGAGGAUGCGGAGGAGGAGGUGGAGGAAGCUAAAUAAAUGAAUACGAGAUGGAAUCGGGCUGAAGUUUAUGGUUUCUGGGAUGUACACGGCAUGGCAUUGGCGUUUUGGCUUUGAAUCUGGAGGGGGUUGAGCAUUGUUCUGCUAAAGAAUGAGGCCACAUUAUAUACGAGUGAUCAUGGAUUACGAUAUGCCCUACUUAUACCGUGUCUAAUCGGGGGUAGAUUUCCGAGAUCCCACGGAAAAGCGAUGGCUACUAGUAAGACCUAUUUAUCCGGAGGACAGAAUGAGGGAUCAUACAGAAUGCUAACGAGCGGAUCUACGGAGAGUUAUACUUCAUUCAAAGGUGCUUUCUAUAAACAACGUGAAGUUUACAACUGGUGGGAAAAUCAAAGUAAAUACAUUUAUGAAGUUUUAAGACAUUAAUACGACCUAACAAUAUCAAAUGAAUUCAUGCACAUCUCUAUUUGACCUGAGUUUACCUUGUUUUCCAAAGCAUGUCAAUUCUCUUCUUUCGG